GGAGCUUCAGACAAAGUCAGACUAAAUAAGCAUGAACUGAUAAGUGCUGAAAGUCAUGGAAAGUUUAAACAUCUUUGUUACCAUGGCAACUGAGCAAACUCGGUGACAAUAAAGGUUAAUACUGUCGAAAACUCCAGAGCAAACUAGUAAGUGAACCUUGAGAUGAAAUUUAGACAGCACUAGUAUGGGGGGAGUAACUUAAACUGCAAAAUGUGCUAAGAGGUUUAGCAACUCAUUUAAAUCAUUAUCGCGUGUAAAAUUGAUGGCUUGUGCAAAAGAAACGGGAGCGUCGGGAACUUACGGAUUUUCUCGCGAGAGUUCUCCGCCACAGAUAUGGAGACGCGACCGGAUUGAAUUUUAGCAGCCAGUGUUUGGAGAGGACAGCAUCGUAUUACAGUAAACUUGUAACCUCACUUGCAGUGCUCAGGUGCUCUUAAAGGGCUUACAUGUCGAUAUUGCGCAUGUGAGUGUGGAGAUUCUGAAGUCCAGAAAAGCGCUUGUAUGUGAGUAUGGGCGGCGUUUUCCUCAUGUGUACAGCCAGAGAAAAGAAAAGGCGUCGGUAUGGGGGGAGAGAGAGCUCAGGGGCUCCGUGCAGACUCAGGAAAUAAGUGGACUGCAUGCAUGAAUCCGCCUUCACUGCUCGAGAAUCGUACAGCUUCACAAACAAAAGAUUUCUGUAAAUUCUCCACUCGCUUUCUGUAAAUGUCAUCGCGAUGCAUCCGGAGCUAAAUAGUCCAUGAGCCCCGGUAUCGAUCCAGCCAGCAGGUCGGGCCCGGCUGGGCUGGUUGGAGGUGUAAUGCGUAAUAAAGGAAUAAUUUGAGAGGGACACCGCCUGGGAUCAAACACGAUGUGCGGACUAAUGGUGGAUCAAACGGACCCCAUCGCGAUCAACGCAAGUUCCCUAAAGCCGGCUGGGAUGACGGGACGCGAGAAAUGGGUUUAGGUCACUGACUCCUAAAUGUACCGCCUCCCUUUGGGUGAGAUAGAGGCACAAAAACACUCUGUCCUCCACCUGUGUCCAUCAACAUGGAUAAACUCACCGUGAUAUCAGGAUGUCUCUUCCUCGCUGCAGACAUCUUCGCCAUCGCCAGCAUCGCCAACCCGGACUGGAUCAGCACUGGAGAUUCAGCUGGCUCUCUGACUGUGGGUCUGGUCCGGCAGUGCCAGACCAUCCAUGGCCGAGACAGGACCUGCAUCCCUCCGCAGCUGCCCCCAGAGUGGAUCACCACACUCUUCUUUAUCAUCCUGGGCAUCAUCUCCCUCACUGUCACCUGCAGCCUCCUGGUGAUGUCACGCUGGUGCCGCGAAGCUGCUCGAUAUGCCCGAUGGAUCGCCUUCAGUGGGAUGGUCCUCUUCUGUAUGGCCGCCCUCAUAUUCCCGAUCGGCUUCUACAUCGAUGAGGUUGGAGGGCAGCCAUAUAAGCUCCCAAACAACACGGUGGUCGGCUCCUCCUACGUACUCUUUGUUCUUUCCAUAUUCUUCACCAUAGUGGGACUGCUGUUUGCUGGGAAGGUCUGCUUGCCUGGCUGACAUACCCUCCUCCUCCUCCUCCUCCUUGUCUUUUUGAGAAAUGCUGCCAUUGGAGUAAAAUUUUGUCUUGACUCAUCUGUGGCAGUGCUGGAAGCGUCAUCAGAGUGAAACAAAACUGAGAAGCACCUGUUUGUGGUUUCCUGUUGGAUGAAUUGUCAAGAUGCUCGUAAUGGCAGUGGAAAUCAUUGUGGACCAUCUGUUUGGUCAGAGGCUGAGCAGACGCAGGGACCUUUGAAAUGGCGGUCGUCAGCAUCCGUCCUGAAUGAGCGCGAAGUGAUAGACAGGAGAAUGUUGAAAAGCAUGGAUAAAAACAACAGGACUUUGAAGUGAGCCUGUGGUAAUAUCCAUCAUCUUAAGAUUCAGUGACAGAUAAGCUUGCUCUUCUCAUCAACCAAGAUGCACAUAUUGAGGUCAGACCGGACACUGGCCUAAACACCAAAUAUUGGCUGGUUACCUCCAAUACCACAGAAGUUUUUCCCUGACCACAGCUACAUGAAACAGUCUGUAAUAAUGAAUUCUCACUUUCUCGGCACAUUUUAUUUAUUUGUUUAAUUGCUCAGUUAUGUUUUUUGUAAAGAUGUUUUGUAUUAAAGGUCCUAAUGUAUCCCAGAUUUUCCCUGCCAUUAAAGUGGUGAAUCACUUUGCCUUAAUGAGCUCUUAACCUUAAAAUAACUACAAAAUAUUGGUGAUUUUAAUGGGGUCGGCUCUAAAAUUCAGGAUACAUGAUAUGAUUUGACAUAAAAAUGUUUGAGCUGGGCAAAAAUGCGUUUUCAGCAACAUCUGUCCAAAAUGAUUGAUAAAUGACACACGUUAGUUAGUCAGUUGAACUCCUCUCUCUUGCUAUCGGAGUGAGUAAUGUAAAGUUGUGUCUGUGGAUGGGUUGCAGGACAAUGAGCUGGUCUCUCUUCGAUGCUGUUGAGCUGAAUCUUCGACACUACGGAUCAGCUGUGAGCACCAGAGUGAGACUCACAUUGGCAGGUCAAAGCUUUGAUGUUUUUAUGUACUGAAUGUAUGACUCACCUUUUGGGGCAUUUCCUGUUGGUUAAACACUGUAUCAAGAAAUGACUGAAUAUUUAACUAGUUACUAGUUACAUUUGGGACAUUGAUGCCUGCUUCAUUUCUGUAUAAAUGAACCGGCAGCCAGUCUGUGUCAUCAGUUUUUUUUUUUUAAUUUGUUUUUUAAAGCACUCGGGUGUUGAAUGAGCGUGGAGGUUCUCAUCUCAUUAAAAAUGACUCAUUGGAAUACUGAUUGUCUCAUCAGUUUGUUUUAAUAAUUUAACAGUUUACAGUGAGAGGAGGCCAGAUGCAGACAAGCUAGUAGCAGUUCAGGAGAUCAACUUGCAAUCAUCGCAAAUAAAAAUGGCAGAUUUUUCUUCUUUUAAAGCUCUGGUAUAUUGAAAAACCAACACAUACAGUAGCUGCUAUGCUGUGGAAAUCUUGUUUUUCAGCUGCAGGAUUACAUGUUUUUUUUUCUCAGUUGUAAAGAUUUGUGAAAGAUUUCCAUAGCUCAUUUAAUAAAGUCAAACAUUUCAAGAUUAGAGCUUUUUUUUUUGUUUAAACAUACAAGCCAAAAUGAAUCUCGCUUUUGUCUUUAAUCUUUAUCUGCAGCAAAGCACAGGCUUGUUUUGAGCACAAUAUCACACCCACUUUUCAUCCUUUUUUCUGUGUGGAUGGACAAGAUGUUUAGGUUGCCAUAGGAACAUUUUAGAAAAGUAUUUGGCGAUGUGUGUGUGAGUAGGAAUCUAGUUGUCAAGUGAAGAAGCGCUGCUAUUUUAAGCCCCCAAAAUACUUUUGUUCAAGUUUUUCUACUUUGCCCUUCUUUAUUUUUGGGGGGGGAGGGGGGAGAAAGAGACUUAACAGAUUCUAUCUCUGUCUUCUAUGACAUACAAGCAGAAAGAAACACUUCUGACAAAUGAAAAUUCUCAACAACGAGACAGACAGAUAUGAGAGAUUGGAGAAUUUGCCCUGUUCAGGCCUAAUCACACUUCAUGGUAUGAGAGCAUGUUUGGUGCACACAUUAGAAGGAGGAUUAUAGCUCAGAAACAGCAAAACAGAAUCUGCCACACACAAACCUAUUAUUAAACACAUAAAAAUUAGCUGGUUAUCAAGAAACAACACUGACACUGUUACUUAAUCGUGAAAGAACGUAGGAACAGUUAAGACUUAGGGAAUUAAGUGCUGAUCACUUAAAUCUUCAAGUGAGCUCCAAAAGCAGACAAUAAGGUGCAGCAGUAGUG